AUGAUUUCCUUUUUAUAGAAUUAAGAAUUCAUUACCCAGAUUGUGGGUUUUAAUUAAUUUAAAAUAAACUAAACUCAACAUGGUAUUCUAUGUCUCUCAUUAUAGUAAAUUGGCGAUGAUCAAUAAGACGUCCAACACUCCAUCCCAGACCUCGACAACGUGAACAUCAAAUUAGGAGACGACGAAAAGAAAGUUAAUCAAAUCUCAUCCAAUACCGUCUCCCAAGUUCAAUAACCUCCUCAUCAUGAUGCCAUACCCAUUUAACCACUCCCUCCUAAAACCGCAGAUCCCUCCUUUCUUUCAUAAUUGUUUCAUUGCCUAUUUAAGGGCCUCGCCAUCUUCGUAUUCUUCAUUCCAGAAGGCUUAUUAAAUCUAACCUAUUGUUUUAUAAUUGUCGUGAUUUUGUCAGCAAUUGAUUUUUGGACAGUCAAGAACAUCACUGGAAGAAAACUGGUCGGUUUGAGAUGGUGGUCAGAAGUAAAGGAAGAUGGAUCUGAAGAAUGGAUCUAUGAGUGUUAAGUAGCCAAUUUCAUUCCAAAUCCAUUCAAUUCAAAUAUCUUUUGGUUUGCUUAAUUCGGAGUAGUCUUAACAUGGGGAAUUUUAAUCUUAUUAGAUUUGAUCGGAUUAAGAUGGUUUAAUGCUGUCUUAGCUAUGACAGCAUUUUGUUUGACUGGAAUCAACUUUGUAGGAUUUUAUAAGUGCAGAGGAGAACAUCAAAAGAAAGCUAAAGAAUACAUGACUAAAAUAGGUUUGAAGGCUAUAUAACAAUGGUGAAAAUAUAAUUAUAAUAACUGAAUACUUUUCAUUCAAGUA